AUGGCCCAGCACGGGUUCAACCAUUUCGGCUCCGCCAACGCCGGCAACAUCGACCCAAACGAUCUGGCCAUGGCCGGCGGCUACUCAGCGUCCUUCUCGACCACGAACAACUUCAACACCGGCUCCGGGAACGCACCCAACGGUUUCUCCAGCGGCUCUGCCGUCUUCGGCGACGACGAAUUGCUCGACGGCCUCGUCAGCGCCUCCGAGGGCCAAUCGAACAUGCACGGCCACGGCCACGGCCAGGACUACGGCGUGAACAUGGCCUUCUCCCAAGGUCCUUUCCAGUCUCACCGAGGAGGCUCCAGCUUGCACGUGGAUCCCUCGCACAUCAACGGAUACUCCCACACUCCGGAUGGCGAUCCGAUUCAAAGCCCCUACGCUACGGGCUUCGGCGGCCAGUUCCGACAGAUGCAGAACCACUCGCUCGCCACUUCACUGCAUUCCCCCCUGUCGUACUCGGGAUCUCCGCUGGCGGGGAACGAGAUGAACGCGGACGGUGGCGACCCAGCCUACCUCAACGCCAAGGCGAGGGCCCGCAUGUCCGCCCAGCAGAUGCAACGCAAGGCCUCCAACACGCGGACCCCGAUGACUCCCAAGACGAACGGCAUACACGGCCUGCCGAUCGUCUCGCAGGACUCGCCGGGCUUCGGAGCGCAGCCUGUGCGCGGCUCCGCCAGCCACGAGAAGUCCCCGUCUGGCCAGUGGAUGAACACGCCGACGGGAAGCAUCCCGGCCUCCUACAACUCGGGUUUCUCGUCGCCGAUGCAGCAGGGAAUGGUUCCCAUAAACGAGGUCAUACUGAAAGGCGGCACAUCCAUGCCGGCAAAGCUCGGCGUCGCCCCGAACGCCGUUUCCACGCAGGAGAUGAAGCGAAAGCGACGUCGCGAGUCUCACAACCUCGUCGAGCGUCGCCGCCGCGACAACAUCAACGAGAGGAUCCAGGAUUUGAGCAAGCUCGUCCCCACGCACCGGUUGGAAGACGACAAAGUCCGCAAGCUCAUCCAGAACGGAACGCCGCUGUCGCCGACGCUCACGGGCAUUUCGAGUCCAUCGCAAGCCACCUCCGGCCUUGCCGGUCCCGGCGCUCGUCGCGCGGCGAGCGUCAACACCGGAAACAUCACCACCGGUCUGCCCAUCGAGGACAAGGAUAAGGGUCCCAACAAGGGCGACAUCCUCAACGGUGCUGUCAGCUGGACCCGCGAUCUGAUGUGGAUGCUGCACCUGAAGCUUCAGCAGCAGGAGGAGCUCAUGAACAUCAUUGCCGAGCUCGGUGGCCACUUUCCAUUCGAGCUCACCGAGGAUGAGAAGCGCAUGCAGACCGAGCUGAUGGACGCCAUAUCCAAGAACGAUACCGGCACCUUCUCCUACUCCCGGGCCGCCGGCUCCGGCCUUCGGGUCCCCAAUCACACCGACUAUCGCGGAGACCCCGUCGGCAGCUUGGCCGCCAACCUGAGCGCCACGGGCAUCACGCCUGAAGACAGCGGCAACGUGGUCAUCAGCGGAGACCUCGGAGACUCGGCACGAUACUGGAAUGAUAUGGAUGACGAUGGGAGCGGCCACGCGGCCAUUCAUUUCAAGGAAGAAGACGAAUACGACAUGGACCUCACUCACUAG